UUCGUUUUCGGUAGUUGGUGUUGGUUUAGCUGCUCCUUUUGUAGUUCUUUUUUUUUUCAAUAAAUAAUGGGGUUAAUUAAGGAGGCUUUUUGUCUCUGCUAAUCUCCAGUUUCCAGCCAAAAAAAUAAUAGUUAGCUAACCCUCCUUAUUGAAAAACCAUCGCCCCAAAAGUCAUUAUUCCUCCUUUUGAGAAUCGAAAAAUGAAAGAAAUGAUCAUGAACAACAUUUUUGACUCCGUCAGUUCCUUGUUUGGCUCCGGAGAAGACCAUAUACCGUGGUGCAAUCGAGACAUCAUCCAUAGGUGUGAAAUAGAAGUUGGAGAGGCAAUGAACAAAGGUGAGUCGACAGAGGAGCACAAGAGCAAAAGCAUAAUGAGGUUAUCAUGGGCACUUGUUCACUCAAUGCAACGUGAAGAUGUGCAUCGUGGAAUUGACAUGCUACUACAAGCAACUAAUAAUUCAAUGGCCAAAAGUACUAACUCCCCUUUGGAUCAACGAGAGAUGCUUUACCUUAUGGCCGUUGGAUACUACAGAAGUGGUGAAUAUUCAACUAGCCGGCGUCUUCUGAAUCGGUGCUUAGGGAUUGAACCAAAAUGGAGACGGGCUCUGAGUCUGAAGAAGACAGUUGAGGAUCGAAUUGUGAAAGAUGGCUUCAUUGGAAUAGGAAUUACUGCUGGUGCUAUUAUAGCAGCAGGUGGGAUUGUAGCUGCAUGCCUUGGCUACCAGGCAGCGCCACUGUCCCAAUCGUAGUGAUUGAUCCCCAUCCAAUGAUCAUGAAGACUCCU